AUGCCUGGCCUGCCUUCCUCCUAUUAAUGUAAGCCAAUUUAAGAACACUCUUAAGUAGACAAGCACCCUAUGCAUGACCUCUGCAGUCCAAAAAGUUAAGAGGAUAAUUUUGGAUGCCCUACCUACACCAUACUUUCUCUUUUGCAUUCAAAGUUUCCUCAAUUUGGUUUCUCUUCUUCUUCUCUUUUUCUUUUUAUUAUUUAGUUUUUCUAUCACCUCACUUCCUGAAGGAUAGCUCAAAGGAAAGAAGAAUCCAAGCUAAGUAUGGAACUUCCAGAGCUCUCUUUAGCUCCAACACAGGCACAUGUGGUGUUUAAGAAAAGCAUUAAUGGUUCUAAUAAUCCAUUGGAAUCAGCUGAAAGCAACACUUCUAGGAAGAGGAAGCUUUUCCAAGAUCACCAACUCCUGAAGACUGAAGCAUCUUUUCAAACAAGUGUUGAUCUUCAACUUAAAGACCCCCUACCAUUAGAUUGGGAGCAGUGUCUUGAUCUUGAGUCAGGAAAAAUGUACUACCUAAACAGAAAGACCUCAAGGAAGAGUUGGAACUGGCCUAUGGACCAGGCAGUGAACCUUGAGCUGAACAUCUCAACCAUCUCAGGUUCAAGUUCUGAUCAGCGAUCCAGCCCAAGCCUUAAGACAAUCGAAGAGGCCAAGAAUGAGGAGCAACAAAGUAACAUGGUGGCUUUGGCUUGUUUCAAUUGCCAUCUCCUUGUCAUUUCUCUCCAAGUCUUCUCCUUGUUGCCCCAACUGCAAAUAUGUCCACUCACUUCCAACUUCCAUCCAACCAAAUUAUAAUUCAUCUUAAAUACAAAAUUGAGCUGCCAUAAAGGCACUAGAAGCUAUAGAAUCAACCUCUUGAGUUAUGCUCUUGCAUAUGUUUGGUUUUCAGUAAUGUUGUAUUCAGAGACUGGUUAAUUAUAAAUUAUAAUCUACGCAUGCCAAGAUCUUGUGUAA